AUGGAUCAGUUUUAUCAGUUAAUCAAGUUUCAAUUCUCCUCUAUUUUCAGUGACUUUCUUAGGAGUGGAUUCUCUCAAUUUAUUUCUAUAUCUUAGAAUAUGCCAUGGAGUUUGAACAAUUAAUGAUGAAGUGUAAUGUUCAAGAAAAGGAAGAGCAAACCAUAGCAAGAUAUCUUGGAGGAUUAGACAAUGACAUUUCCAAAGUUGUUCAACUUCAACAAUAUUGGACUUUGGAUGAUGUCAUUCGGCUAGCAUUAAGGGUUGAAAAGCAAGUCUCAAGGAAGAGUAUUACUAGCACUUCAAAACCACGAGAUUUUGGAGCCAAUCGAGAGACCCAAGUCUCAAAAAAUGUUGCCAAGUCCCUUACCAAAGUUGAAAAGGAAGCUAGUUUGAGCCGUCCAGCCCAACCUAACACUCAAAAGUGUUUCAAGUGUCAAGGAUUUGGCCACAUUGCCUCAGAUUGUCUAAACAGGAGAGUUGUCACCAUUAUUGGAGGAGAGGUUCACCAAGCCUUAGAAGAUGAAGCAAAAAAGGAGCAUCAUGAUGAGAUUGAGCCACCACAACUUAAGGAAGAACUCAUCACAGUUGACCAUGGAGAAUCUUUGGUUGUGCGUCGUAGUCUUCAUGCUACCAUAACCAAUGAUGAAGGUUGGCUCCGACAUAACAUCUUUCACACCAUAUGUACUUCCCGAGGGAAAGUUUGCGACGUCAUCAUCAACAAUGGAAGUUGUGAGAAUGUUGUGUCCAAUUAUAUGGUUGAAAAGCUAAGACUGCCCGUCAAAGAUUAUCCCCAUCUAUACAAGCUACAAUGGUUGCGAAAGGGAAAUGAGGUAAAAGUAACUAAACAUUGCCUUGUGUCUUUUUCCAUUGGUAAUAGGUACCAAGACGAAGUAUGGUGUGAUGUUUUUCCUAUGGACACCUAUCAUUUGUUACUUGGUCGCCCCUGGCAAUUUGAUCGAAAGGCUAUCCAUGACGGCCAUGCCAACACCUACUCAUUUGUGAAAGAUGGUGUGAAAAUCAAGCUCACUCCCUUGAAGCCUGAAGAUAUACUUGAAAAGAAGGAUGAGAACAAGGCUUUAAUCUCUAGAUCAGCCUUUCAAAAGUUGCAUCGAGAAUUUGGAAUAAUUCCUCUUGGAUUACCACUGUUGAGAGACAUUCAGCAUGCCAUUGAUUUCAUCCUAGGAUCUAUCAUCCCAAACAAGCCUGUUUAUUGGAUGAACCCUCAAGAGUAUGCAGAACUUCAACAACAAGUCAAAGAGUUGAUAGAGAAAGGACUUGUCAAGGAAAGUGUUAGCCCAUAUGCCAUGCCUGUGCUACUAGUCCCAAAGAAAGAUGGAACUUGGAGAAUGUGUGUAAAUAGUUGAGUAGUCAACAAAAUCACUAUCAAGUA